CGUCGGUUUAUUUUAGUGCAUGCAGUGACGUAUGUCUCUUUAUAAUAAAUAUUAAGGAGUAUAUCAUAAUUUGUUUUUGGUGAACAUUUUAAAGAACAUUUUAUCACACAUUGGCUGCUGAAAAAUUCGUCGUUUGGCGGAUCACAUACGAAAAGCAACACCAAAAGCGUACAAAGAUAAUUUCUACUGCAUUGUGGUCGUUUUUAGAGACUUAAUAAGUUUGGCAAGUUAAACCAUCAUGUUAUACUCAAAAUCACACUUUAACACGACUCCGGGUGAUUAUAAAAUACAUUCUUACGACAGGGUUCAUGAAUAUAACCACGUCCAUGACUAUAAUCAUAUUCACGAUUAUAAUAAAAUACACGAAUAUGACAAAAUUUACAAAUAUGACAAGAUUCGAGAAUACAAAUAUCAUGAAUACCAACCUACGAAAACACAGCAGAAGAAACCACGACCAAUUAUUGAUAGACCAGCUGCGCAACCCGUAAAACGGAAACGGAAGUCAAGAUUAGAAUGGCCGGACAAACCAAUUUAUACACAUACAUUUAGGCCAUAUGAAUAUAUUCCUCCGCCUCAACUUCGGAACUAUGAAUAUACUGAAUAUCAGAUGGACAAAGAUUAUUAUAUUAAUAGAAAAUUAGGAACGUAUAGAGGCAGUGUUGAUUAUAAAUUAACUCCAGAUAACUAUUAUCCGUUCAGAUACCGUAAAGGAAAACAAAAAAGAGAAGAUUUCAAUAAUAAUGAAGAAAUAAAACGGGAAGCAAGUUUAAGAGAUAUAGAUUUUAAAGAACCGAUUUAUAAACCGGAAACACGACGUGAGGUAAAACUUCCAACUAAAUUCGUUUAUAUGCCAAAGGCAGUUCUAAAAACGCAAGCAAAAGCAAAACCUGCAACACCCGUAUAUAAACCGGAAGUACGCCAACAGGAAGUUCUGCCUACAGCAUUUGUGUUUGCGCCAGCUAUCAUCAAAAAGGCUGAGACAAAGCCACAAACUCCAGUGUAUCAACCAGAAGAACGCCAAGAGGAAAUACUUCCGAAUGCAUUCAUGUUUGCCCCUAUUGUUGUUACAAAAUCACAAACUCAAGCAAAACCACAAACUCCGCUAUAUCAACCCGAGGAACGUCAGGAAAAUGUUUUACCAUCAGCUUACGUCAUAGCACCAAGGGCAGUGCAAAAGAUCGAAUCACCCACACCUGAGAAAUCACCUAGUCCUGUUAUAGCAAAACAAGCUGCAGCUGCAGCAGCAGUCAGACGUGCCUCUCCAGUACAUAACCCUAGUCCUGUAAGGAGCAUUUAUACUCCAAUAGGAUCUAGAUCACCUUCUCCAGGUCUUCCACCUGUUGGUGCCAUCUUAGCAGGAGGUAUGAUCGGAGCAGCUGUGGUCAGUAAUAAAUCUGAGAAAAAGGAACAAGAAAAAAUACCAAAACAGUCUACCCCACAACCACCAUCCCCAGAGCGCCAACGAUCACCCUCAAUACAAAAUGUCGUGGUUGCUGCGGCAGUAGUAGGUGCCACGUCACCAAGUCCUGAACCACUAUCAAAAUCAACACCAAAACCAACAACACCCCAACCACCUCCUGUGCAACCAGCCCCUGCCCCUAAAGCUGUUGCUGUAGCUGCUUCAGUUCCUGCUAGGAGGGCAGCUCUGUCCGUUGGAUCUCCUAAACCAGAAAGAGCACCAACACCAGCGAAAUUAGAAGCACGGCAUGCACCAGUGGCUAAGGCGGGAGUAGUUGCUGCAGCAUCUGUACCUGCUUUAUCUAAACCAGUAGAGCAGCCUAAAACACCAGAUAAUCAGUAUAAAGAGGAACCUUCCACUUGGUCUCCUGUACCAAACAGAAAGAGGGGUCUACCUCCAGAAAUUAUUGCGACAAUUGAGGCAUACGACCGAGCGCAUGGCAAAACAUGAGAACAACAGACAAGUUAACAAAUCGUGUCAGCGUGUGAUUGACGACGACGUAUGUCAGAAAAACAUUACUGCAAACCUUCACAGAUUGUGAAUGGUAGCCACCGAUUACGAGAAACCCUAAAUGUGGGGUUGGAAAUUACAUUUGUAUUUUAAAUCAUUUUUCCAUAACUUGCGUGUCUUGCCAUGUUGUUGAAAUAUAAUGCAAUAAUGAUGAUAAAUAAAAAUCAAAAUGUA